GCGUCGAUCUCGGCGGUGGGUUGUCGGGAAGUUUCGUUUUUAUGAGGUUUUUACAACAAGUUCAACAAUUCUCUUCCGUCUGCGAGGACGAAAACAACGACGACAACGCGAGAUUAGGAUCUGAUAAUCAUAACAACGACAAGGUAAAACAUAUUAUUAAUAAAAGAGAUUAUAGAAGAGAUAAUCACGAUUCUUGUUUCAUGGCGGAUCAAGAAGAGCCAAGAACUAAUUAUGGGUCAAGCUCCAAGGACAAGACCAGCAACAACGGCGACACCACUAACCCUAACACCAACUCCGGUACCGAUAUUAACACCCAUGACGAGAUAAAAGAAGAAGGCUGGCUCCGGCUAGGCAUAAGCGGCCAAACCAGUGAGGCCAAACCGGAUGAGAAAACCGGCCUUGAUCACCUCAGUGUUGAUCAUCAAGCCGAUCCGACAGCUGUGAGAGAAGAUUCAAUGCUACAGCUUAACCUUUUGACUGGCGGUUCGAGCAGAUUCCCCGGUCAAGAAGACGUUCCACUUGCAACGUUGCCUCUUGCCAACACCAGUUUUAGGAUUGGACCGUCUUUGUCGCAUCAAUAUCAUCAUCAUCAAGCCGGAGGGAUGAUGAGUCGGGUUAUGUUUCGGACAGGACGUGAAGAAAUGCUCGAUUCUUGGACAGCGUUUAGACCGCCUUUUGUUCCGCAGAAUCUAACGCCGUCUCCUUCCUUGAUGAUGCCAUUGAUGGGUUCUUACUUCACUCCUUCGACGAUUCAGCCGCCAUUAAUGGGGACGUCGAGUUACACCGACGUUUCGCCCAGUCCAAUUAGAUCGAGUUUUAGAGUCAUCGAACCUCCGAGGAGACCUCAUUCCGGCCUUUGGUUCGUCCUUCAAGCUUCACAAAACCAGGCUAGAGAGCCGUUUUUGCCUCAGAUACCGAAGAGCUACUUGAGAAUCAAGGACGGCGGGAUGACGGUUCGACUGUUGAUGAAAUAUUUGGUGAACAAGUUGCAAUUGGAGCACGAAUCCGAGCAGAUAGAGAUAAGAUGCAGAGGACAGCAACUCGAGCCAGUGUUGACACUGCAACAUGUGAGAGACACGAUUUGGAGAUCAUCUGCCGCAAUACAAGACAUUAACUCUUCCUCUCACUUCGCUUUGCUUCCAAGCUCGUCAACCUCUCAUCAUCUCAUGGUCCUUCAUUAUGGUAGGAGCCUUUUUUAAUUAUUAUUUUCAUUUUAUUUAUCAUCAAAAAAUGACAUCCAUUAUUAACACCCCCCACCUUCUUCAAUUGUUUAUUACCUCCUUUUUUUUU